UUGUUGCCUUUCCAAUUAGAAUUCCAGUCUAGAUGUCAAAGAUCAUUCAGAACAAUGUUACAUCUACCGAAAAUUGUCGACUUGCUGGCUGAGCUGCAAAAGCAGGAGAAGGAAAUUCAAGAGAUGAUUCUCGAGGAGAGCUUCGCCAGUCCAGAACAGCGACUAGUCCAACUGGAAUCGGUCACAUCACGGAUGCAUCAAUACCAUUCAAGGCGCGAGGAUAUUCUACUGAGUUUGGAGGAGGAGCUAGGCAAAUAUGAGUACUCCACGCGGGUGGUGAAGCGCGUUGCCCAGAUGCACAUCCAGUUGAAAUCGUCCAACAAGGCACUGGACUUCCUGUACAAAAUCAACAUCUGCUCCAUCUGCGAUUUGAAAUGUGAGUCGCACGGCAGGCAUUCCAUGGUGUCCCUGCGUUGUGGCCACCUCUUCGGGCGCCACUGCAUCAACAAUGUCCUGCGGGAGAGCUCGCGGUGCCCCACCUGCUCGCGGGCAGCUCGUCAGCACGAAGUCCGCAGGAUCUACGGCUUACACUUUUAUCCUAUUUAAGCUGCGUUGAAUUUUUUAACUCCUGUUGCUAUUAAUUCAGUUAUAUUUUUUUCUUAUGAAACAUGAAUCUUACGCAUCCUUAGUGACAAUAAAAUUU